AUGUGCAUUGAUUACAGGGAGCCCAACAAAUCGGAAAAAGAACAUGAGGAACAUCUAAGACGUACGCUGGAAACUCUCAAAAAGGAACAAUUGUAUGCCAAAUUCAAGAAGUGUGAAUUUUGGCUCGACAAGAUUAACUUUUUGGGACAUGUUGUAUCAAAAAGUGGGAUUUUGGUGGAUCCAGCUAAGGUGGAAGCAGUAAAAGAAUGGUCCCAGCCACGGAAUGCAACUGAAAUAAGAAGUUUUCUGGGCUUACCUGGAUAUUAUCGACGAUUCAUAGAAGGGUUUUCCAAAAUUGCAACCCCACUUACGGCGCUCACUAGAAUGAAUAGUCGAUUCAUAUGGACGGAAGCUUGUGAGAAGAGUUUUAUGGAAUUAAAGAAUCGAAUAACUAAUGCCCCAGUCCUCACCAUCCCGAAUAGUACAGACGAGUUUGAAAUUUUCUGUGACGCUUUAAAGAUGGGACUAGGAGCGGUGUUGAUGCAAGAAGAGAGAGUAGUAGCUUACGCUCCAGACAAUUAA